AUGUUACCCCCAAUAGACGAAGCCGUACUCAAGAAUAAUCCCGAUUUCGAUCGUUUGUAUAAGACCGUGACCGGUUCUCUCCUCAACCCCGAUGGAUCGUCCAGGAGUAACGAUCCGACAGCGAAGAAACGCGAUGCCGUGCGUGAGGAACUCAGGGCCCAUCGCCUCAAAGCAACAAAACAACACCUUCUCCGCCGCGCGAUAGUAUCAGCCGCCUCUCCACCCAAGCAGCAACAGCAACAAUCACAACCACAACAACCGCACCACAGACAAACAAGAUCAAUGCAGCAACCACGAACCUCCGCCUCCACCUCCACCUCCGCUUCCACCUCAGCUCUACCCCCCGAAAUCCUCGACCUCCUCCUCCUCCUCUCCCCCCUCCUCUCCAACGCAAACACCAUGCCCGCCUCCUCACUAACCCUCCUCCUCUCCCGCCCGCCCUUCUCCGACCUGCCCACACACUUCCCCGCCCUCGCCUCCGCCAUAUCCAGCACCCUAACCCGACAAGCCAGCGCCCUAGCACGCGUGCUCAACCCGCACACGAACCCAUCCUACAUCCACCGCUCGAUCCCGACGCUCGCAGCCAGCACCGCCUCCCUAAAAACCAGCGUAUCCUGCGCCACGCUCUCGCUCUCUCGCUCCCGCCAACGCGCAACGCACGACCUGACAACCCACCUGUCGCGCCACGCGCAGGCCCUAGCGGCGCUAAUCCGGAUCCUAGAGUCGAAACACGGGCCCUCGGCACGGUCCGCCGAGCUGCGCGCCGCGGACGCGGGUCUCGAGACCCAGACCUGGGCGCUGGCCGCCGAGGCCCUGCUCUGGGACGUCCGGCGCACCGUGUACCCGCCCGAGGCGCGGCGCGCGCUGACCAACUACCGGCGACACCUGGGCGACGCGCGGAUGCGCGCCGCGGACGCGAUACGCGUGCGCGAGGCCGAGCUGGAGGAUUACGGCGUGGCUGUGGUGGAGGGGCACGAACAUGAGGGGGACGAGGCCAAGGAGCGGACGAUGCGCGAGAUGGCUAGGGUGUGGCGGGAGAUGGAGGCGCGGCUCGACGAGGUCAGGGGGGAUCUGGACAGGUUGGGUUAG